UUCCAGGAGCACGACAUCCUCCAGGCCAUCAAGAUCCCGUUCCAGGAUCAGAAGACGCAGUUCUUCGACAACGGGCUGGACGGCUUCCCCGCGUUCGGCCUGCGGCCCGGCUCCGAGAUCAAGUCGCCCUACCGGCUGUUCAUGCCGGAGAAGCUGUACCCCGAGUUCUCGAUCGUGGCGACGGUGCGGCCCAACACGCGCGACGGCGGCUUCCUCUUCGCCGUCGUCAACCCGCUGGACACGGUCGUCCAGCUGGGUGUCCAGAUCUCGGGCGCGGGCGCGGCGCAGUCGAACGUGUCGCUCGUGUACACGGACGCGUCGCUGCACUUCGUGUCCCAGACGGCGGCGAGCUUCGUGGUGCCGGCGCUGUGGGGGCGGUGGGGGCGGCUGGCGCUGCGCGUUACCGCCGACAACGUCACGCUCUUCCUCAACUGCCGCGAGCACGAGACCGCCCCCGCGCGCCGCCAGCCGCUGGAGCUCGUCUUCGACUCGGCCUCCACGCUCUACGUGGGCCAGGCCGGGCCCCUCAUCAAGGGCGCCUUCGACGGCGCGCUGCAAGAGCUCAAGCUGUACGGCAACCCGGCACUCGCCGAGGUCCAGUGCGACAACUCCUUCCAGGGUUUCGGAUCUGGAGAAGCUGAGGACGAUGACUUUAUCGACCAAGAAGACGGCGGCGACGAGUCCCCGCUGUCUGCGUCCGAGGGCAGCGGCCGGGGAGACUACGGCGGCAUCAUACCUCCGCUGCCACCGCCGCCUCCGCGGCCAGAAGACUUUCCACUGCGAGGACCAAAAGGUGAAAAAGGAGACAGAGGACCGAGGGGCCCGCCAGGUGACGCGAUGCGUGGCCCCCCAGGACCCCCCGGUCCCCCGGGACCCCCUGGUCCCCCCUUCUCAGGGGGCGGCGCCGUCGACUUCUCCUCUGGCUUCGGAGACAUGUCAGAAGGCGGCCAGAUCGACGGGUUGCUGCGCGGUCCCCCCGGGCCGCCUGGAGUGUGCUCCUGCAACCUGAGCUCGCUGCUGGAGAACAUGCCGCUGGGGAUUCCAGGGCCUCCGGGACCGCCGGGCGUCGACGGCAACGUCGGGCCACCUGGAGCGUCCGGUCUGCCAGGUCCAACCGGAGAGAGAGGAGCACCCGGACCACGAGGAGACAAGGGGGAGAGAGGAGAUCCCGGACCUCAGGGACCAGAGGGCAUCCAGGGGCAGAAGGGCGAGCCUGGCCGCGACGGAAUGCCUGGAAUACCUGGAAAUCCUGGACCACCAGGACCUCCUGGAAACCCCGAGUUCUCCAGUUUUGAUCCUAGUUGGAAACCAAGAGCUGUAUUCAAGGAAUUAGGAUCGACAGGAUAUGCUUCAUCUCUUGGGAGGCCGGGCAGUCCGGGUCCAAAGGGUGAGCCUGGGAUUCCAGGCAUCCCAGGACUGCCCGGUGAAAGGGGUGUUCCUGGCAGUAAGGGAGACAGGGGAGAUGCUGGACUAAAAGGACCAAAGGGGGACAGGGGCCAUCCAGGGCCUCAGGGUCCUGUUGGCUUUAAAGGAGAGCCUGGAGCUCCAGGAAUAGAUGGCAUGCCUGGGUAUCCUGGAACCAAUGGAAGAGAUGGUAACAAGGGACAGAAGGGAGAAUCCGGUGACACGGGGAAACCUGGACCUCCAGGACCACCAGGACCCCCGGGCAUUGCCCUCAUUGACCCAGAUGAUGUUGAAUUGAGUGGCUCAGGUUUUGGUUCAGGUCGGUUGGGAGGUCAAAAAGGUGAUCCUGGGGAGACAGGUCCGAAAGGUGAUAAGGGCGAUGUGGGGCCCAAAGGAGAAAAGGGUGAGAGAGGAGCUGAUGGUUUUCCAGGAAAUCCUGGCACUAAUGGCCUACAAGGCACAGCUGGAGAAAAAGGUGAACCUGGAGAGAUGGGCCUGACAGGACCUGUCGGUCCCCCCGGCAUGAAGGGAGGCAGGGGUGAGAGGGGGCCCCCUGGCCCCGCCACUGUGGCCGGUGUCGACGGGGACUUCAUAACCAUAAAGGGCGAGAAGGGUGACCACGGCAAGAGGGGCCGCCGGGGCAAGCCGGGACCUCCCGGGCCCGUGGGCCCCCCGGGAAAACCCGGCACCGUGGGCGAGAUGGGACUGCCCGGAUGGAUGGGAGCUCCUGGUAGACCCGGCCCAGCCGGACCCCCAGGCUUGCCAGGCUUGAAGGGUGACAAGGGAGAUGCCGCAGAAAUACCUCCUGGCCUGAAGGGAGAGAAAGGGGACCCAGGAAUUGGCAUCCCGGGACCUCCAGGACCUCCUGGGCCAGUGGGGUCCUCUGCUAACCCGGACGCCACCUACAUCCCGGUGCCCGGGCCACCGGGACCCCCUGGUCCGCCGGGACCUCCGGGGCCUCCAGGGGUGUCUGUGAUGGGAGAGAAAGGUGAACCAGGUCCCCCAGGGGGACGUGGCCACGUCUACGGGGAUCCAAUGCUGACACCGCCAGCUGGAUAUGGUGGUCGCUCAGGACCAAGAGGAAGUCUCGAAGAGCUGAAGGCACUGAGAGAAUUAAAACAUUUAAAGGACUUGAAGGAGGCUUUUGGUGCGGCACCGGCACCAGCUGGGCAGUCAUCAGCUGGUGGCAGAGGACAUCACUCCUUCGAUGCUACAAACAUCAAGAUUGUGCCCGGUGCAGUCACAUUUGAGAACACAGAAGCUAUGACUCGGAUGUCUGCUGCAAGUCCAGUUGGCACACUAGCUUACAUUAUUGAUGAAGAGGCAUUAUUAGUCCGUGUCAACAGCGGAUGGCAGUAUAUAGCAUUGGGAUCACUGCUUCCUAUUACAACACAACCUCCCCCAACCACAACUGUGCAACCAGUGAAACCACCAUUUGAAUCAUCAAACCUAAUCAAUACAAAACCUGUUGAUGGGCCAAGUCUUCGAAUAGCUGCGCUGAAUGAGCCUCAAACUGGAGAUAUGCAUGGAGUGAGAGGGGCAGACUAUUCGUGCUACAGGCAAGCACGGAGAGCUGGUCUGCGUGGCACAUUCAGAGCUUUCCUGUCAUCGAGAGUACAGAAUCUUGACUCCAUUGUGCGAUACUCAGACAGAGAUCUUCCCGUAGUGAACACCAAGGGCGAUGUGUUGUUCAAUUCGUGGAAGGAAAUGUUUAAUGGUGAUGGUGCUGUUUUCUCACAACAGCCACGAAUAUACAGUUUUAGUGGUAAAAACAUUCUCACUGAUUUUGGAUGGCCACAGAAGAUGGUGUGGCACGGUUCUCAUCCAUUGGGUGAGAGAGCUAUGGAUACUUAUUGUGAUGCAUGGCACUCCAGCAGUACAGAUAAAGUGGGACUGGCUUCAUCACUGUUUGCUGGCCGGCUUCUGGGUCAAGAGAGAUUCUCCUGUAACAACCGAUUUGCAGUUCUGUGCAUUGAAGCUACGAGCGAAGGUGGAGUGCGACGACGAAGAGAUACAGGUGACCACGAGAGGACACUCUCUGAGGACGAUUAUUAUGAACUGUUAAAAGACAUUGAUAAAAAACACCACCACCCUCAAUAGUCAGACCUUGCACUAUAACAUGUAUAGAGGUUCCUCGUAUUUCUUGUCGACCAGCUGAAGAAAUAUUUUGCUUUCUUUGGUUUCAGAUUGUCUGAUUGUUAUCAAUAACAAAUUUAUGUUUCUACAAUGUGACUGUAAUUAUUUAUUGCCAUGUUAAUUUAUUUAUAGUGAUGUAUAGUAGUUUUCAUAGAAUUAACACAAACAUUUUUAUGUUUAUUUUUUUCAAUUGUACAUGAAAGUCAUAGCUUUGUAAGUGGUAUCACAUACCAUGUCAGUUAAUUUAAUACAAGACAAAGAGACUGUGUCGUUUCAUGUGAAAUGAUAAAUGAGAACAAACUAAUUAAUCCAGAAAGUGUUUAAUAUUUUCAGAGAUAUUCUUUGUACAAGAUGCUAGAGGAAACAUGUUUCUAAGUAUAAGAAUGUAUCAUUACUAUCUUAAUUUUACAUUGUGGUACAAUAGCUAAAAGUUACCAUAAACUUUGCAAAAUAAUGUCAUUAUAAAAGUGAGCUGACUUGCAUACUACAGAAAUCGUUUUUGUGUAACAUAAAUAAGCAUAUAGUGUCAAUUGUGUGUGAACUGUGUGGCCUACAUUUUGUUUAGAACGUACACCUAAUUGUGGUGUACUGUCACAGAUGGAAUACUGUUAAGUCUUCAGUGUUCUGAGAGUAAGUAAUUUUUAUGCGCCAAUGAAGGGCAGUACAAAUAACAUCGCUCUGUGCACAAACAUAGUGUCUAACUGGACUCAUUGCUAUGUUACAGACUUAUCUUUCUUGGUGUGUUGAUUUUUUAUUCCAUUUAAAAGUGUUCUGAUCUGUAUACACAUACUUAUACUCAAAUAAAAAAAAAAUCUGUAUCUAUAUGUUUAACAAAAGCCUUUCAUAUUUAACUGGUUUUAACAUAAAUUUCAAAAUAUUUCUCUGCUGUCACUCAGUUAUUUGUGUAAAAAUGUAAGGUGUGCUAUAAGAUUUCUGAGUAUAUCUUUCAUAAUCUAGAGAGCUUUGACUUUUCUAUCCUGUUUAUCUUUCCUCAUAUUAUUGUGUAAUGUGUGUGUAAUAAUUAUUUGUAUUUUCACUUAUAAUGUGACUGGAUAAAAUUGUGCCAUAAACUAUUCAAACUAUGCAUUUUAAUUAAUGAAGUAAAGAAAUUGUAAGGCUGAGUCAUAUUUCAUGUUUGAGGAUUGCUGUGUAGAUUUAAUUAACAGUUGCAGUAGGAGCAUUGGUGUAAAGAUGUAAUUACUGCAUGUGCCACAACACACAAAGAAAAUAUGAUUACAGAUGUGUAAAUGAAAGCAAUAAUGCAUGCAGAGUUACCUGUCAGAUAACAAUUCCAUUUUAAGGUAAUGACAAUACACUACAUAAUAUGUAUGAUGUCCAUUAUUUGGCUUUACCAAGAAAUUGCAUGAUGAAACAUUACAUUGACGAUUAUAUUGUGCCAAUGUUUUGUAUGUUUCAGUUUUCCUAAUUCAGUCCUCCCUAUUUCAUAAGUGGUAUUAUAUUCUUCUGAUUUGUGUGUGUGUGUGUGUGUGUGUGUGUGUGUGUAGCUGUAAUUGCUAUUAUACUGUUGUGAUGGAAGUUUACUUAUUACAUACAUCAUUAUUACUUAUUAUCACAUCAUAACUUUUGUUUUUACCAUCAUUGAAACUGCACCACUGUUUAAAAAAAUCUUUGGAACAAUGUUCUGUAACAGAAAUACUUCAUUUCAGAUCUUGAAAUAGCAUAGAAUUCUCUCAUCCAUAAGAAAUAACAGUGCAUAGAAAUUGUGAUGGUACAGAUCAAGUGUAAACUGCAGAUACUGUGGGUAAUAUACCAAAGCUCAAUUUAUUUACUGGCAAUGAGAAUGAUUGUAUACAUAGAUAUUGUGCAUGUUUGUUUGAUGUAUUUAUUUGUGAUACAUGGUAGAUAUAAGUAGAGUUACGUGAAGUAUACAAGUGUAUGGUUAUUAUAGUUUUAAAUUAAUUGUCUUAUAUUAGAGAAUAAUUUUAUUGGAUAAAUUGUUUGUUUUGUGUAAACUGAAGUGAGACCUAACUAUAAGCAAAAACUUGUUUCAGUUUU